AUGGAAAAGUUCAGCCAGUUUCGCGAUCGAGGCACGGGCAUUGCGCCUUUUCUCCCUGUCUCGACGUCCCUCUCUCCGAUCUCAGCCAUCACCCAUACCUUCCUCUUUGUCUUCCGCCUCCCAUUCUUCCUCUCCUACGUCUUUUGCUACUUCCUCUUCUUCCACUGGCUCCCGCUCCCCGUCUUUAUUCGGAAGAUUGCUCUUUGGGGCUUGAUGGCUAUUCCAGGUAUCUGGUGGAUCGAUCUCCAGCUCGACGGUGUCAAACGUGGCACCCUUGCCGAACAACCCCGUCAUCGAUUCCCCCAUCCCGGAUCUGUCAUUGCCGCCAAUUUCACGAGUGCCAUCGACGCCGUAUACCUCGCCGCUAUCUUCGAUCCCAUCUUUACCAUCUCUUACCCCAACACCAGGGAAGUUCAGCGAGUCGGCCUCCUCGGCGCAAUCUCGAACGCCCUGGGGCCUGUCAAGACAGCCCCUACCAAAGAUGCCAACCUUAUCGACAUCAAAGAUCUUCUGGCCGAGAACCCUACCCGCGUCAUUCUCGUCUUCCCCGAGUGCGGUACCACCAACGGCAAAGCGAUCCUUCCGUUCAGCCCUUCUCUUCUCCAGACGCCGGCCGAUGUUAGCAUAUUCCCUGUCAGUCUUCGCUACACACCUCCCGAGGUCACCACCCCUGUUCCCGGGCGAUGGGUUUCAUUCCUGUGGCACCUCCUGUCUCGUCCGACAACUUGUAUCCGGGUCCGUAUCGCUGAAGGACAGGUCAACACCUCCGCUGUCCAGGUCAACGGUGACUCCUCUCCUGGCGUCAAUGGCCAGGGCAAUCUUAGGCGGAGGGACGGUGGUGAAGCUCUUUCAGAGACUGAGCAGCGGGUUCUUGAUCGUAUUGGAGAGGCUCUGGCACGACUUGGUCGGGUUAAGAGAGUUGGGUUGACGAUGAAGGACAAGCAAGCGUUUGUGAAUGCUAUCCAUUCCAAGAAAGCUUAA